UUCCUGGGGUCCUGGUACCUUAGAUGAGGCUCAAUCCUGCCCCCAACUUGAGUGGGGACACAGUGGUGGCAGCACAGAUUUCUCUAUUCUAAAGUUUAGAGCCAUGGAAGAGGGAGUGUGAACCCCAGUUCCAGUCCUGUUCUUAGCUCAACAUCCCCAGGAAGGAAUUAGAGGAACAUUGCCCGGGCGGUGCUGGUUGCUGCUCUUGAGCAGAUUACAAGAGGGGCCGAGACAAGGACUCCUUUGUGGAAGCUUUGGCUUAGAAAGUCAGGUGACAACUCAGCACAUACGUAGGUGGGCAGUGCCAGCCGCCAAGUAUGGACAGGGGUACUCGCCCCAGGGUCUCAGAGAGUCCCAGCAACCCAGUGACCAGAACUUUUAUGAGGUUGCCUGAACUGCCGGAACCCUACCUGACCCGAGCCCACCUACUGCUGCACAGUGCCAAGACAUGACUGUCACCUACACAAACAAAGUAGCCAAUGCCCGUCUCGGUUCCUUCUCCUGCCUGCUCCUGUGCUGGCGUGGCAGCAUCUACAAGCUGCUGUGUGGGGAAUUCCUCAUCUUCAUGUUCCUCUACUACGCCAUCCGUGGAGUCUAUAGAAUGGCUCUCUCGAAUGAACAGCAGCUGUUGUUUGAGAAGCUGGCUCUGUACUGCGACAGCUACAUUCAGCUCAUCCCUAUAUCCUUUGUUCUGGGUUUCUAUGUGACGUUGGUGGUGACCCGCUGGUGGAACCAGUACGAGAGCUUGCCUUGGCCGGACCGCCUUAUGAGCCAGGUGUCAGGCUUCGUGGAGGGCAAGGACGAGCAAGGUCGGCUGCUGCGGCGCACACUCAUCCGCUAUGCCAUCCUGGGCCAAGUGCUUAUCCUGCGCAGCGUCAGCACCGCGGUCUUCAAGCGCUUUCCCACUCUUCUGCACUUGGUGCGAGCAGGCUUUAUGACCAAUGAGGAAUAUAAGCAUUUGCAGAAGUUGGGCCUACCACACAACUCAUUCUGGGUGCCCUGGGUGUGGUUUGCCAACCUGUCAAUGAAGGCCUAUGUUGGAGGUCGAAUCCGGGACACUGUCUUGCUCCAGAGCAUGAUAAACGAGAUGUGCACCUUGCGCACUCAGUGUGGACAUCUGUAUGCCUACGACUGGAUCAGCAUCCCACUGGUGUACACACAGGUGGUGACAGUGGCAGUGUACAGCUUUUUCCUCGCAUGCUUGGUGGGGCGGCAGUUUUUGAACCCAGCCAAGAACUACCCAGGCCACGAGAUGGACCUCGUCGUGCCUGUCUUCACAAUCCUACAAUUCCUAUUUUACAUGGGCUGGCUGAAGGUGGCAGAGCAGCUCAUCAACCCCUUCGGAGAGGAUGACGAUGAUUUUGAGACCAACUGGAUCAUUGACAGAAACCUGCAGGUAUCCCUGUUGUCUGUGGAUGAGAUGCACCAGGAUUUGCCUCCCAUGGAGCGUGAUAUGUACUGGAAUGAGGCAGAGCCUCAGCCACCCUACACAGCUGCUUCUGUCCAGUAUCGUCGACCUUCCUUCUUGGGCUCCACCUUCAACAUCAGCCUGGACAAAGAAGACAUGGAGUUUCAGUCAAAUGAGGAUGAUGAAGAUGAGGAGAACCCUGGCGGCAUCAUUGGACGCUUCUUAGGGCUGCAGUCCACUGAUCACCAUCCUCCCAGGACAGAUUCAAAGACCAAACUAUUGUCCAAGAAGGACCCCUACCUCGAGGGCCAUAAGGCCAAGCAGGAAGAUAAUGCCUGGAAACUUAAGGGUCUGGAUACCUUCAGGGCCACUCCACUGUUUGAAAGGCCAGGCUACCACAGUGCCCCCCAGACACCACUCAGCCAUACUCCCAUGGUCUUCCCUCCUGAGCAGUCAGCGGCCUCCAAGCCUUACUUAGUCACAGGUAUAGACACUAAAAACAAAAACCUAACACCCAUCUCCAGCCCCACCAAGAACACGUUUGAAUUGCUCCUAGGUGAUGGGCAUUCCCGAGAGCACCAAACAAAGAGGAAAACUGUGGAGUUUAACUUGAACAUUCCGAAGGAGAGCCCCACAGGACGUACUAGAAAACACCAUUUGGACCAGGGGCCAACCAACACACACACUACACGGAAGGAGCAUGUAGAGCCCCAUGCCACCUUGGAAAACAGGUCUGUCCACCUGAACCAGGAGCUGUAUCCCCCAUGCCUGUGACCCCAGUUUCCCAAGAUUCCAUUAUUGCUGAGGGGUGGGGGAACUUAUGUCCCUACACUAGGGGGUGUUAUUAACAGCCACCUUGGCAAGAACCAUGUGAUGGGAGGCCUUUUGCCCACUUCACCUAAGAGCUUGACAUCAGCAGAAACACUUCCAGAAAAGUAAAACUGCACUAACAGAAUGCUGAAGGGAGCGCUAUCUUGGGGAAGGGGGCAGUUGGCCACACUGUUUAGUUUUUGCAGGGAUGGAUGGUACCACAGAGCCUUGAGACAGACCUGAGACUCUAGCUAGGCUGUAGCCCAAGGACCAGCCUUACUGCUCUAUCAGCUGGAUGGCCAACACUUGCCUACAGCCCAUACCCAAGCACUUAUACUUCUUUUCAAGGCACUGGCCAUAAGGUCUCCUGGGAUUUGGGACUUUGGGGCCUUAUUUAAUACUUCCCAAAAAAGCCUAAAAGCUAGUUAUUUCUCUUUUACAUUUCUUGGACACUUUUGCCCAGUUAGAAACAUUCCAUCCGCACACUGAUCACAUGGGGAGUCCUAACUUCCACACUUCUCCAUUCUUGGGUUCAUUUGUGAUCAGAACAUCCCCCUUUUUUUGUAAAUGGAAAUAAAAAAAAAGGGCAACAACAA